AUGGCUCCCCGGCAUGGCUCCACCGAACUGCGGGUCAAGAACUCUGAGGUGUCACCUGUGGUAGUGGAUCAACAGCUCCAGGGAGCGGCUCCAUGGACCGGCGGGACCGAGAUAACCGCUGUGAAGAAGUCAGAGUCCUGCAAGUAUCUCCUGGCCGUCCUCCUGGCCCUCGUCAUCGCCGUCGUCCUGGCAGGAGGCGCGGCCCUUGUGUGGUACUUCCUGGAUUAUAGGGUGUGGGUGUGGGAGCCGAGGAUGCAGCAGCAGUACACCGCCUACUUCUCCAUCCUAAACAGGGAGCUGACUAAUGAUCUGACCUCUGACACCAGCCCAGAGUUCAGGAGCCAGGCCAGACAUGUCCAGGACCUGGUGGAGAAAAUAAUCACAGAUUCAAGUCUCUCUCGGUACCUCAACUCCACAGCUGUGUUCGCUUUCGGAGAGGGCAGUCUGGUGGUCCACUUCCGGGUGCUGCUGUCGGUGCCAGCCAGCCGGGUCGAGGCGGUGUCGUUGGGCCAGGUGGGGGACAUCCUUCAAGAGGGCCUGACCAGGUACCAGCUGUGUCAGGAGGAGGGGCAGGGGUUCCUCCUGCAACCCGCCUCCCUGUCAGUCACAGACUGCUACCACUACCAAAGGGUGAAGACCGGGAGCCUCCCUGUGGCCCUGGGGGGCCCAGACGCCAGGCAUUCCUCCUGCCUGUGGCACCUGCAGGCAGCCCCUGGCUCCCAGCUUGAGGUCAGCGUGGAGUGGCCGCUGCCCAGCUGUGGAGACCAGCUGCUGCUGUAUGACGCCCUGACCCCCAGCCCCAGCCAACUCAUCACCUCAGUGCAUGGCUGCAAUAGGCUGGAGCCUGCGGUUCGAGUGCUCUCUUCUGGCCAGUGGAUGGCGCUGGUGUGGCUGUACAGCUCCCCAUGCUCCGUCUCCCUGUCGGCUCAAGCCUGGGAGAAGCAAGAGUGCAAUGGCAGUAUUGGUCUGGAAGCAGUCUCAGGGGUUCAAGGUACCCUCAGGACGCCCUUCUACCCAAGCUACUACCCGCCCGACACCAACUGCACCUGGACCUUCACUAUGCCUAGCUUGGCUUACGGCCUCUCUCUGGAGUUUGAGGGCUAUGAACUGACCAGGGCCGGCUUCCAGCAGCCAUGCACUCAGGGCCAGUGGCUGGUCGAGAACCACAGACUGUGUGGAACCAGAGGCCUACAUCCCUACAGAGAGCGUCUGUUUGUCCUGUCCACCUCCACCACCGUCCGCAUGACCUCCGAUGUGGCUCUCACUGGGCCAGGCCUCCAGCUGCAUUACAGCCUCUUCAACCUAUCAGAGCCAUGUCCCGGUCAGUUCCUGUGCACUGUGAACGGUCUUUGUGUCUCUGCCUGCGAUGGGAUCAAGGACUGCCCAAACGGCCUGGACGAAGAAAGCUGUGUAUGUGUGGCACAGUACCAGUGUCUGGUUGACCGUCGGUGUGUGGACUACCACAAGGUGUGUGACCAAUACCCCGACUGUCCUAACGCCACUGAUGAGGAGAACUGCACUGAAAGUGUGCAGUGUACAGACAUGACCUAUGCGUGCGCUGACGGGACUUGCCUGAGGAAAACCAACCCAGAAUGUGACCUCAUCACAGACUGCCCCGACGGCUCCGAUGAGACGCCCUGCGACUGCGGCAUCAGUCGGAUCACCAGCCGUAUUGUGGGUGGAGUCAACUCCUCUGAGGGGGAGUGGCCGUGGCAGGCCAGCCUGCAGGUCAGAGGUCAACACGUCUGUGGCGGGGCGCUGGUCUCCGACCAGUGGGUGGUGACUGCCGCUCACUGUUUCUACGACGACCGCCUCCUCAACCCCUCCGUGUGGACGGUGCAUCUGGGCAAGCUGCUGCUGAACCGCACCGGCCCGUACGACGAGGUGGUCCCGGUGCUCAGCAUCCACCUGCACCGUUACUACGACGAGGGCUCCCACGACUACGACCUGGCGCUGCUGCGUGUGCGGCGCUCUUCCCCCGCCCUGCUGGCCAGGCGCGUCCUGCCCGUGUGUUUGCCCCCACCCAGCCACCGGUUCAGCCCCAGCACGCUCUGCUGGGUGACGGGGUGGGGGGCCCUGAAGGAAAACGGAGAGGGCAGUAACGUGCUGCAGAUGGUGGGCGUGCGGCUGGUCAGCGAGGUGUCUUGCGCCCGCACCUAUGGACAUUUAGUCACUCCCAGAAUGCUUUGCGCAGGAUACCGCCAGGGUGGGCGUGACGCAUGCCAGGGGGACUCCGGGGGCCCUCUCGUGUGUCAGGGGCCGUUGGGUCGCUGGUUCCUAGCGGGCGUGGUGAGCUGGGGCACGGGCUGUGGGCGCCCUGACUACUACGGCGUCUACUCCCGCAUCACCAAGGUCUCCGCCUGGAUCAGGGACAUCAUCCAGGCUCCCUGAGACGCCUCAGGUGUCACGAAUGAACCUAGCGCCGGUAUGCUACGGGCUGCGCUAACUGCCAGUGAGUGGCUGUGCCUUCAGGAUGAUGAAAUACAACAAAAAACGAUCCUGUUAAAUAUUUUAUAAUAUUAUAUAUUUUCUUUGUAAAUCAUAUUUUAAUAGCUAUAUAAAAAUUAGGUAAAUGUUUUUCAUCCAUUCUGUACAUACAUAUGAUAUUUAUAAGGGUUUUAUUUUGCAUCUGGUAAUACAACCUUUGAUAAUUAAUAAGAAUAUAAACAAAUUUGAAUGGAAGACAAAAUAUAGAAAGAAUGGAAAGUCAGAGCGAUGGUCUGUAUUGAAACAAAUGAACAGCAAGACUGGGGAGAAAACUUUGAAACAACAGCCUAAGUUUUUAACCAAUUGGUCAUGCUUCUCAGGAUCAUAAAUAUGCAGGCUUCCUUUAAAGUGAUGCUUCUCUCUGUAUAAUUGGUUUUAGAAGGCUUUCCAUCCAGCCAGGAGCUCUGUGUGUAAGCUGACUUGCUCAUUGUGACUAGUCAAUAGGAAAUAUCUGGUUAACGUUUGGUAAUAACAGUUUCAUGUAUGUGACUCUGGUGUAUCAGUCACGCACAGCCUAAACCUGAAUGGGAGAUCUUACAAUAAUUCGCUUCUGAUAAUAUUUCUUUGGUAAUAGUCCAGAGACAAAUAUCUUGAUGUGUCAAAACAAAGCCAAAUAAAAAAUAUAACUGCAAGCGGUGAUUAAUGGGGUCCGAGCAAAAUAAAAAGUCAUGAACACACUAAUGGAAGAUACAUAAAUAUAUGACAUAUAAUUAUGAAGAAAAGAUGUUGAUGUUCCCCUUAAUGCCAUACUGUGCCUCGGCUUUCAGGUGACUGGGCUGCAGAGCAAUGACCGAAUGUCAUGUUUAUCAUGUUUAUAAUUGUCUAAUCAGGAUUCAAACUCUCAAACUAAGGAUCACUAGUACAAAGCAUUAUCCCAUUGAGCCACUGACAAACCUGAACUGUAGCCUCAUUCACAUGGUGAAAAUGAUUGUCUAUUGAUAAGCACACAACAUCCAGAAAACUCCAAGCAAACAUUUCUCAAAUUAAUUUAGGGCUUUCUUAAAAGCAAAUACCUGAAUAAUCUUUGAAAUUCUGGGGAAUGUUGUCGACAAGAUCACUAACGGAAGUAAUAUUAAUAUGACAGAGUUCAUUAUGAAGGAAAAAUGGUUAACGAAGAAGUUCCCCUUAAUGCAAUACUGUGUCUUUGCAGUCGGAUCCUUGGAAACGAAUGAGCCGGAAUGUUGAUUGCCUAAUGAAUAUCAGGUGCUGUUCAAUGUUGUGUUUCUUAAAUGAGUGGCCACAAUAGAAAGUCAUUUUCAGCUUGUUCAUAAUGCUCUAAUCAGGAUUCGAACGCUCAACCUAAGUCAGUACAAGGGUUUAUCCCAUUGAGCCACUGACAUUCCUGAACUGCAUGAAGCCUCAUUGGAGGGUGAAAAAGAUGCAUCUGAUUUUAGAGAUUAAUAUGAUGAAAGAAUUUUGAGUCCAGGUCAAUCUUGUAAGGAGAAAUAAGGCUAGUUCAUAAUUUUUUUAAAUAGCGCCACCUUUGAGUGCAGUACCACAAUUUUUGAGUACGACAUCCGGCUCAAUUUGGAACAGCACUCACAUCUGAAAAAAUGAUAGUACGGAUAGUAUACUAUAGUAUAUAUUCCUUUAAGUAUACCCAUGGAAGUACGGGAACACGGCACAGGUCAAUCUGGUGAGGAGAAAUAAGCCUAAUAUAAUUUUUUACAAUAGCGCCACCUUUGGGUGCAGUACCACAAAUUUGGGUUUAUGGGUAGAGGGGGUUAUUGGUAACCAUACCUGCAAAUUCUAUGAGUUUUCUACUUACGGUAAGGGCUGCAGUAUGACUUUUACAGAAUUUGAGGGAAAAAAAAAACUACAGAAACAAUGGGGGCCAAGCAGCUUCGCUGCUCGGACCCCUAAAAAGGGGUAAUAUGUUAGCAUAUUUAACUGCUGCGUAUAUGCAUGAUGUUAGCAUGUUUAACUGCUCCGUAUAUGUAUGGUGUACGUAUGUUUAACUGCUUUGUACAUGUAUGGUGUUAGCAUGUUUAACUGCUGCAUUUAUAUGUAAAGCUAGCAUGUUUAACCAAAGCAACACAACAACCCUUAGUCAAUAAAGGUUUACAAAACAGCCCUUUUCUGUUUCCAUCACUCCCCCAGAAAUUAACCA